GUCAGUGUCACUGUCAGAAUUUUACCUGGUCAAAUGAAGUUCUAAACUGGAACGCAAAGCAAGGAUUAUAUAAACAUUAUUUAUUGGAAAAAAUAAAAUCUGUUAUCUAAUCAUCACACCAUGGGAUUGCUAAAAAAGACUACUGGCCUUACGGGCUUGGCAGUUUCUGCUAAUCCUCAUCACACUUUAGGAGCUCUUUAUGGGAAAAUCUUAAGAACACUCCAAAAAAUGCCUGAAAAUGCAGUAUAUAGAAAACACACUGAACAAAUUGUUCGUGAAAGAGCGGCUGUUCUUCAACAGACCAAAGAUGUGAGUGAACUGGAACAGAAAAUUAACUGUGGACAAGCUGAAGAACUAAUUAUUCAAGCUGAAAAUGAACUUAAUCUGGCCCGUAAGAUGUUAACCUGGAAGCCUUGGGAGCCUCUUGUUGCAAAGCCACCCAAAGGACAGUGGGACUGGCCACCAGCACAGCAAUAAUCUACGUAUAUAAAUAUUCUGAAUAGGUCACC